UCCUCCUAGAGAAUCAAGUGGACGCAGAGAACAAUCAUCCAAACGUGAAAGACGCGAGUAUGGCUUCCAAAACUCAAAUCCUACUACUACUAGUACCUGUAAUAAUUACAAAUAUCAGCAUGUCAGGCACCACAGACACACCAGCCACAACGGGCAUGCCAAGCACCAUGGACCUACCAGGCAACACGAGCACAUCAGGCAUCACGGGCGCACCAGGGAACACAAGUGUGUCAGGCAUCACGGGCGCACCAGGGAACACAAGUGUGUCAGGCAUCACGGGCGCACCAGGGAACACAAGUGUGUCAGGCAUCACGGGCGCACCAGGGAACACAAGUGUGUCAGACAUCACAGGCGCACCAAGGAACACAAGUGUGUCAGGCAUCACGGGCGCACCAGGGAACACAAGUGUGUCAGGCAUCACGGGCGCACCAGGGAACACAAGUGUGUCAGACAUCACGGGCGCACCAGGGAACACAAGUGUGUCAGGCAUCACGGGCGCACCAGGGAACACAAGUGUGUCAGGCAUCACGGGCGCACCAAGGAACACAAGUGUGUCAGGCAUCACGGGCGCACCAAGGAACACAAGUGUGUCAGGCAUCACAGGCGCACCAGGGAACACAAGUGUGUCAGGCAUCACAGGCGCACCAGGGAACACAAGUGUAUCAAGCAUCACCACCACAUCAACCACCACUGGCAAAUCGAUUACCAGCAAAAUAACCACUGCUUCUGUUGCAGCAUCUCUUUUACCAAUGGGACUGCCUGGACUUCUGUUCUACACUACUAUGGUUCUCAAAAUCUUUCAGCUGAUCUGAUUAUCAUCUCACUUAGUUUGUAACUAAAGCCUACAGGGACAGGGCCCUGCACAAGUCGCUAGCACUUUAAUGUCAGACUAUCAGAUUUAUUAUACUUCUGUUCUGAUAAAUACCUGAUUGCUUUA